AUGUCCACGUCCGCAUCCAGCAAGUGGUCCAGAGGGGCGCCCUUUGGGGUGCAGAGCCACAGGUUUGAUGUCUCUGGUGUAUAUCCCGAAAACAAGAAAUUCAGCACCUUCACGCAGGCCCCAUAUUCCAGACAUCAUUCUACAGAAGUGUCCAACAUAGGACCUGGGGCCUACAAUUCCAAAGAGACCUGCUUCAGCAAGAAGAAGCUGAAGAAAGAGGUGGACACAGGCUGGGCCCGGGCUCAGGAAGCUACUCGGCUGACUAAGCUGCCACACUUCCAGUACCAGGCCAUCAUGAAAUACAGGCGGCAACAGGAGCAAAAGCUGGGGCCUGGCUGCUACAACUUCAAAGACUUCUUACAACAGCUACAGCAAAAACCUGGUAGCACUCGGGGACUGCUCAGCUCUGGGGAGGCCCGCUUCCGAGGCUUCAUCGGGAACUACUAUCCAGGCCCUGGGAAUUAUGGGGAGAAGGGCAACCCGUACACGCGGCUGGAGGAGAAUGCCUGGAACCGGUCGCACUCCGAGGGCCUCAUGUGCAGGAUGUCCAACAAGCCACGCCCCUUGGCACAUCAGGGGAGUGGUCUGGGACCUGGCACAUACUCCAUUAAAAGUGGCAUCGAGACAUACCUGGCAAAAUCCGUUGGCACCCGUGGCCCCUAUGACACUUUCUCUGGUGAUCGAAGCAAGCCUCUGGCUUAUGGACAUUACUCUGUGCAGAAAAAAAAGUCCAGGGAACUGGUGAAUUUCAAGAGCUUCGUGGAAGAACUUAACUCCCGUCACAAUAAGAAGCAUGGGGUUUUCUCAAAAAUUCCCCGAGAACCGAAAAUCCCCACAGAGAGGAUUUAUUGGGCUACCCUUAGCCAAUGCCCCCGAAACCUAGCACAUUCUGGUCCUAGUUCAUGGAUUCCUCAAGAGACGAAAUCAAAUAUGUCGAACCAACCACCAUUCCUUUUCCUGGCUUAGCGGUCAGGCAUAAAGGCCUACCAGAUGGUCUUGGGAA